UAUGCUGCCAAGCUGUGCUGGAGAGAUUGCAGGAGAGAUGGGUCUGAACUCGCACACUGCCUGUCUUUCUGUCCUAUGGACCAGCCACCUGUUUCUCCUGACAGCUGGGUACUCCACGGUGAACCCUAGAAUUAUCCUCACAGCUCCACAAGGGGAGAAGCGCUUUCAUCUGGACAAGAACGAGAGUCUGACAACUCUCUACCUCCAGAAGCCCUCCUUGCUCUUGGUGGGAGCGGAGGGAACGCUCUACUCCUUCGACUUUGAGAGAGCCAGUCGCAACACGAAGCUCUUUCCUGCAAAGAAUUCGGAUGCCUGCCAAAAACCAGAGGAGAAGAAGAACUACCUGACGUUCAUCGGCAAGUUCGAGGACAAGCUGUUGGUAUGUGGGACCAACGCCUGCAGUCCCACCUGCUGGAACGGGCUCGACUGGAACGAAUCCAGCCCUGCCCGCGGGCUGGCCCCGUUUGCCCCUAACCAGAACUCCCUGGUCCUCGUCGACAGCCCCGACAUCUACUCCACCAUCAACUUGCACCUGCACAACGGGAAGAUCCCCCGCUUCCGCCAGGUCCGAGGGCCGAAGGGGCUCUACACCAGCGACACAGUCAUGCAGAACCCGCAGUUUGUGAAAGCCACUGUCAUCAAGCAGGAUGAGAGCUACAAUGAAAAGAUCUACUAUUUCUUUCGCGAAGAUAACCCGGACAAGAGUCUCGAGGCUCCAGCGAAUGUCUCCCGCGUGGCCCAGCUGUGCAAGGGAGAUAAAGGGGGCCAGGGCUCCCUCUCGGCUUCCAAGUGGACCACCUUCCUGAAGGCCAUGCUGGUCUGCAUCGACCCAGCCACCAAGGGCAACUUUGACUGGCUGCAGGACGUCUUCAUUGUCCCGUCAGAGAAGGGCUGGAAGGAAACCAGAGCGUACGGGCUCUUCUCCAACUCCUGGGGGUUCUCUGCCGUUUGUAUCUACUCCUUCGGCGACAUUGACGCCGUGUUCCGGACAUCGAAACUCAAAGGCUACACGGCGAACAUGCCCACCAAGCGGCCGGCUUGUCUUCCGCAAAAUCACACCCCUGCCGAGACCUUCAAAAUAGCUGACAGCUACCCGGAGGUGGAGGGAAGGGUGCGGCCCGUCGCCCCGCACCAUAGCCCCCUCUUCCACAACAAGAAUCGCUACCAGAAAAUCGGGGUGCACCGCAUCGAGGCGCGCGACGGAAACACCUACAACGUCCUCUAUUUGGUGACAGACAAAGGGCAUAUCCACAAAAUGGUGGAGACGCCCCACGGCAUCUUGAACAUCCUGGAGAUCCAGCCCUUCGAAAAGCCGGCUCCCAUCCUGGCCAUGACCCUGGAUCACGAAGAGGCGAAGCUGUACGUCAGCUCGGCGAGCGAGGUGGUCCAGCUGCCCAUGGACAUGUGCGAGGUCUAUCGCAACAGCUGUGAGAGCUGCGUCCUGGCGAAGGAUCCCUACUGCGGCUGGGCGAACGGGGACUGUGUCUCGGUGAAAGCUAACCUGACGAUGAUACAGAACGUGACCCUGGAUGUGUCACCGGAAAUAUGUGGCCCUGUGGGCUCCCGACAGACAGAAGUGAACAGCCCCGACAGCUUCCGGAAUGUCACCGUGGAGCCUUUCUCCCGCUACUACCUGGACUGCCCCACCAAAUCCCAUGCCGCCACCUACGAGUGGCGCCACAAUGGCAGCCACAAACAGGUGUGCAGCUCCGCCCACCGGCCCUGCCUCCUGCUCCUGGAGAACGUGACCCAUGAGCUCUACGGGCACUACACCUGCGUCUCGAUGGAGAGCGGUUUCACCCACACCAUCGUGAGGGAAUGGCUGCUGAAGCGACCGGAGCCCUCUCACACUUUGAUGCAGAAGAGCCAGGCUGAGGCCACCUCCCUGUCCUUCUGGCUGGGCUUCCUGCAGAUGGUGGCUCUUGUCCUGCUGUUCCAGUGAACGGGCGGGCGGGGACUGUGCCCGUGGGCCAGGACGCACCUUUUGGACUAUUGUUGAGCCUUGUAGCUUCUUACCAACGCCUGAGCACAGAAGGGAGAGCCUAGCGCGGAGGCUGCUCCCCACACAUUCACCUUAGUGCAUCUUGGCCCUCCCAGAAGGGCCCCCUCUUAGCAGACAGCCUCCGGCCCCGAAUCUGCACCCAACUCCAGCACGGCAGCGUGUCCAUUUCAUGCCGGAAGGGGGCUGUGAGCAGAGGGGAUGAAACCAGCCCAGAUCUCUCCGGAUUCCGUGCAGCACAGGGGCUGCAGAUGGGACAAGCUAGCGCCACCAAAAAGAGUCACGUGGGGGCCUGAUCCCGUGUCUAGAGAGGGAGGGACAUGCACACACGGGAAGGGGGGACAGUUGAGAGGCGCAGGAGAGCAGAGCCAUGGUUUGGGACAGGAAGGUGGAUGUAGCCGGGGGGCGGGAACGGAGCAGGCUGUCAGGGAGGCAGGUGGAAGAGAUGGAGAAGCCGAUCUAUUUUAGUAAUUGUUCUGCCCUAAUGGCUGGUCACAGGGACCAUCCUCAGCUCGGCUGAGCGGCGGGGAUAAGUCGGGAGAGGCACAUAGGUUCGGAGGAUGAGCUUUAUUUAUUCGGGUGGGCAGGCGGGCGUGUGGGCAUCCUUGGUGCCCACCGGCUCUGGAGAAUCUGCCACAACCACCCCCUUGAUGGUUCGUCUGUCUCGUCUAAGGUGUGUUGCUACGUGUUUGGAACCUCUUAUUUAUUCCCCUCCCAACAUGUCCAGGAAAGUCCUCUGGCUUGUCUCCUGCCCAGAUUCCUCUGGAAGGGGCUGGCCACACAGACCUUUACCCGCCUGCUCCGGCUCGGGCUACGGGGCUGUUUAUUGGGGUGUAGAGGCAGAGAUCUGGGAGUGUUCCCCUUCACGGGAGCCCAAGUCUCUGCACCCCGGUUAGCACAGAGAGGAGACGCUGGUCUGUGCGGGAGAAAUGCAUGUCAGUCAAGUGUGUGUGUGUAUAUGUAGCCCCGAGUGGGAGAGCAGAUCUAAUGUGUGUGUGACCCCAGUCG